UUUGUAAUCAUAGAUUAGGAAGACCAUAGACUUUAGAAUUGAUUUGUAUCCAUACAUUAAGAUGACCAGUCAAAUUCAAUGCCCAACUCAACCCUCAUCUUAAGGAUCUAAAAUUUUUAUUUUAAUAAUUUUGGUAGAGUUUUGUCAAACAAUAUCUUAGUUCAAAUCAAGGACUUAAAAAUUAAUCGGUUGAGAUUUCUCUACUCUUAAUCAGAUAUUUCAGAUUCAGUUUUCAAAAUGAAAAAAGAAAAUCAUGUUUAAAGCGCCAUUUCCAGAAACGAGGGCCCUCCAAUUCACGAAUCUGAAUUAGUCAAACUCUCAUACAGAUAUCGAACACCAAGUGGGACAUCAGAAUAAAAGAAAAAUAUACUCUUAGAAUAUGCAAUUGUCAACAAAUCCAGCUGUAUAUUGUCUCUUUCUUACCUCAAAGUUUCAAAAAAAAAAUAAAAAAAAUCUCAAGUCUUUAUCAAGUCCAUUUAGUGUACCAAAUAAAUUUUUCCCUCUUCUAUUUAAACUCUCUUAUCAUAACUCUAUUAUUCCUACACCAAAUAUUCACAAUAUCUUUCUUCACUACAAGAUCAAUAAUCAUUACUCUUUCGUUUCGAUACAAAAAAGAAUAUUAUUUUUUUUUCACAAAAUGGCGAUUCUUGACAUGUCUAAGAGAGAACCAUCAUCACCAUCGACACCACAGAGAGCCAAAAAGAGCCUAUUCUCUUUCGCGAAAACCACUUCAUCCCUCUCUUCCUUUUCUAGUCAUAUACCUCCUCAUGAACCUUCAUUAACAUUCUCUCGAUCUAUCAUGGAAGAACAUAUUGAUAACGCGUCCACUAUUAUCAAAAAAUGGGAUCAUAAAGAAUCGUCUCACGAAAAAUUCACUUCACUCUUCCAAGAAGAUAGAAAAGAAGCCAAAGCAUACAUCCAAUGUGUCAAAGACUUGAAAAAAGCUAUGCAUUUUUUUGUUACACAACAUUCAACUUGUAACAAACUUGUACUUGCACAAAACUUGAUGCAAAAGGCUAUGAAAAGACUUGAAAAUGAAUUUUACCAAAUUUUGUCAACAAAAAAGCAACAUUUGGAUCCCGAAUCAAUAUCCAAGUCUAGUCGAUCCUCACAUACAUCGAGGUCAACUUCAGUUGAUUCAGAAGAAUCAACUGACCUCGGAAAUGGAUCCAGCACCAUUCAGCAGAAUGGUGCUGGAUCCAAUUCCGAGGCUGAACACAUUUCAUUUCUAACAAUGUGUGAUCUCAAAAUGAUCGCGGAUUGUAUGAUUGGGUGUGGCUAUGCAAAAGAGUGUUGGAAGAUCUACAGGAUCAUCAGGAAAUCUGUCGUAGAUGAAGGAUUGUAUCGUCUUGGAAUUGAAUCGCGUAGCUCAGCUUAUGUCAACGCGAUGAGACCAAAUGAUCUCGAGCAUCAAGUUAAGCAUUGGAUCGAUUCAACUAAAAUGGCGGUGAAAACACUCUUCUAUGGAGAGAGGCUUCUCUGUGAUCACGUUUUUUCAAACUCGAAAACAAUCAAUGAAACAUGUUUUAGUGAUGUAGCCAAAGAAGGCGGGAUCGUUUUGCUUAAACUUCCUGAGAUCGUUGCAAAGACGAAGAAAUCAGAUGAAAAGAUUUUCGUUUUAAUCGAUUUGCACGAAGCAAUAGCUGAACUAUUGCCACAGAUCGAAUCAAUCUUUUCGUUUGAUUCGAUCUCAUCUGUCAAACUUCAAGCUAUUUCUUUAUUAAAUAAACUUAAGAUCUCUGUUUUAAAUAUCCUCUCUGAUUUCGAGCUCUCAAUACAGAGGAAUUCAUCGAAAACAACAGUUUCUGGUGGCGGAGUUCAUCCAUUAACCAUCUCUGUUUCGGACUACUUAGCUUCGUUAGCAAGCUACAGUGGAGUGCUCUCAGAUAUUAUUUCUGAAUCUACGUCAACGAAAUUCUCUGAAACUUAUUUCGAGAGUCAAACAUCCGAAAUUUCAUCAGUCUCUGGUAAAAUGGCCUGGAUUGUACUCGUUCUGCUUUGCAAACUCGAUAGCAAAGCAGAGUUGUACAAUGACAUCGCGUUAUCCUAUCUUUUCUUAGCUAACAAUAUCCAAUUCAUUAUCGAGAGGGUACGUGGAAGUAACCUCUCGAUAAUAUUGGGAGAGGAAUGGAUAUUGAAUUUGGAGAGAAAGGUAAAGUUGUAUACAACAAAAUACGAAAAUGUAGCUUGGAAUAAGGUGUUUAUGUGUUUGCCUCAGAGUUUAGAUCCCGCGAUUUCCUCUGAUACGAUUAAGGAAUAUUUCAAACGAUUUAAUGAAUCGUUUGAAGCGACGUAUCAGAGACAGAAAUCGUGGGUUGUACCUGAUGGGACUCUACGAGACGAGAUCAAAGUAUCGAUUGCAAGGAAAUUGGUGCCUUUUUAUAGGGAUUUUUAUGAGUACUAUAUGGUAGUUUUGAGUGGGGAAAAAGAUUUGGAGGUGUUAGUAAAAUUUUCACCAGAUAAUAUUGGGAAUUGUUUGUCUGAUUUAUUUCAUGAAAAUGUUAGGUCAAGGAGUUUAAUAUUGUCAUCAUCAACAUCAUUGCCAAAUUCAUGUGUUUGGCAAUGUAUUUCUUAAAUAAUGUGUAUUUAACGUACUGUAUGUUGCUCGGACUCUUUAAAAAAUGUUACUGGAUUCUUGAAAGUAAUGUGUUUUUGAAAAGGUUCGAGCAAUAUAGACAACAAGAUGUUGAUUUCAAUACGAAAAGUUCUCUCCUUGAAGAAUAAGUAAAUUGAUUGCUUGAUUGUCCGUGA